AGGGCAAGUGGGACCCGCCGCGCUGCCCGCCGCCAUGGAGCCCCGGCCGUCCGGAGGCUCCAAGCCGGCCGAGCCGGGGCCUUGCCUGCGUAGCCCGGGCGGGGCCUGCCAAGGGACCUCGGCCUACUCGCUGAGCUCGGCCGGGGCCGAGCCGGGGUGCAGCGUGGCGGCCGUGUUGCCGGCAGGGGGUUGCGGGGAGAGGAUGGGCGUCCCCACCCCGAAGCAGUUCUGCCCUAUCCUGGAGAGGCCGCUCAUCAGCUACACCCUGCAGGCCCUGGAGAGAGUUUGUUGGAUAAAGGACAUUGUCGUGGCAGUAACUAGAGAGAAUAUGGAAGCAAUGGAUGGUAUUAUCCAGAGGUACCAACAUAAACGCAUUUCGCUAGUUGAAUCUGGAGUGACCCGCCAUAGGUCAAUUUUCAGUGGACUAAAAGCACUGGCAGAGAAUCGGCCCAACUCUAAGCUCUCUAAGCCAGAAGUAGUGAUUAUCCACGAUGCUGUGAGACCAUUCGUUGAGGAAGAUGUCCUCCUUAAAGUUGUCACAGCCGCUAAAGAACAUGGGGCAGCAGGAGCAGUUCGACCUCUUGUAUCUACUGUCAUCAGUCCAUCUGCUGAUGGUUGCUUAGACCACUCACUAGAACGUGCCAGAUACAAAGCAAGUGAAAUGCCACAGGCUUUUCUAUUUGAUGUGAUCUACGAAGCAUACCAGCAGUGUAGUGACUAUGACUUGGAAUUUGGAACUGAGUGCUUGCAAUUGGCUCUAAAAUACUGUCACACCAAAGCCAAACUGGUGGAAGGAUCCCCUGACCUCUGGAAGGUGACCUACAAACGAGAUCUGUAUGCGGCUGAAUCGAUUAUUAAGGAAAGGAUUUCACAGCAGAUUUGCAUCGUUAUGGGCACAAAAGAAAAUGAACAUGUAGGUCUUCUUGAAGAAAUGCUAAAAAAUGAAUUGAAACAAGUAAAUGUCACAUCUAGGCCACUGUGUCAUGCUGGCAGAGAUCUUCAGCAAAUCAUCUUAGAACAAUGCUACAAUUUUGUUUGUGUAAAUGUUAUGAACUUUGAUUUUCAAGAAACUCAGAAGUUACUGGGUAUGCUCGAAGAGAGUCGUCUUUCCAUUUUAUACCCUGUUGUUGUUGUUUCGGUGCAUUUCUUUGAUUACAAUUCAGUACCUUUCGGUGAGAAAAUGGAAAACCUAAUGUGGAUUAGGGAAUUUGCAAAGGAAGUGAAAAAAAGAAAUAUUUUAUUAUGUGGCCUUCUCAUCUACUACCCACAGGAUGAGCUCAAGCUACAGGAGAGUUUAAGGCAAGGUGCCACCAUUAUUGCUGCCUUAAUCAAAGAAAGAAAUUCUGGACUCGUUGGUCAGCUACUGGUAGCAUGAAGCACAUGGGGAAAACUACCUACUGUGACGUUUAAAGCAUUUACCUAAGUAUCUCUAUUUUGUUUUCAUCUUGUAUGUGGUAGAAUGUUUAAGUUGUCUUUUAUGCCUUAUAAUUUGUAGAUUACAAAAGUCGAUCAAUGUUUAUAUCUGUGAAAUAAAGAUUUUGCUUUUGUGUAUGUCAAAUAUAAAUUGCCUGAAACCAAAAAAGAAUAGAUAAGUGGGAAAUAAUAGCUUUCACAUAAAGAAUCUUUUCACGAAGUCAUGAAAGGUCAAAUAGAAAUAAUGAUGGAUAAGCUUUUCCUUCUAAGGAAUGAGAAUUUUAAAAACAUCAACUACUAUCUUAUCUCUGUGUUAGUUAAUAAAUCAUGCUAGAAUGAAGCUAAUGGAUAAGAUUCAGAAUUAUUCUUAAUUCCAAAGUCAUCCUCUCAUCAUGUGAUAUUUUGUAUUAUAUUGGAAUUUUUCAUACCUCAAAAAAAAAAAAAAGA